GCCUUUGAGAAACGGGGUUUUUCACUCUGCCUUUCUCUACAAGGUUUCUCAGUCUUUCUCUCUCUAAAAUCCAGCAGAGGGAGCUCAAGUGUUUAAGCAAUAUGACCUCCAAUCCCAUGAACACUGAUGAAUUGUACUAUGAUCCCUUUGAUCAAUACUUAUACGAUGAUUUGCACAGCAGCUACCAAGUAUUUGAAGGAGUAUUUUGUCAUGGCGGUGGUGGAGGAUAUGACGAGGGUUUGGAUCUGUUCUCCUCGGAAUCGAAUUCCGAUCAAAAGGGUGACGGUCAGAGCUCUCCCGAUGCAAACACUGCAACUUCUGCUGGCACGGCCGCUGCUACUGCCAAGAACAUAGUAUCGGAGAGGGUAAGGAGGAAGAAAUUGAACGAUCGCCUCUAUCAAUUGAGAUCGGUGGUUCCCAUUAUUUCCAAGAUGGAUAAAGCAUCAAUAAUAAAGGACGCCAUCGCUUAUAUUCAAAGCCUCCAACAACAAGAGAGAGAAAUCCUCGCCGAGAUCUCCCAAUUAGAGUCCCAAAAAUGCAAGAACCCAUCAUGCCUUGCGGACCGCGUGGACAAGCCCACUGAGUCCAGGCCCAUCAAGAAGAUGCGUACGGAUAGCAUCCAGGCCGUACAUAUCGCUGCCCCAACUUCCAAUUAUCCGCCACGUGUCACCUCGCUAGAAAUCCUAGAAAUGGGAGAGAAGACUUUUGUGGUGAGAAUUUCAUGCCUCAAAGGAAGAAAUGCAAUGGCCAAUUUAUUUAGGGCUUUUGAGUCUCUAAAGCUGCGUAUUAUAACGGCCAGCACCACAGCUAUGCACGGUCACAUCUUCAAGACAGUCUUUGUCGAGGCCGGUUGAACCGUCCAGUUUACCGGUUACUCAGACCCAGCCCUUGGCCGAUUUAUGAGGUCAGUACAAUUUUUCGAACACAGAUACAAACUCUUAAAAGAGUUGAUGGACGGUGGGGUUCAGUCUUCUCAUUGUUCAUCUAUGAGAGGGCUUCUAUGUAGCGUAAUAAAACAUCCAUCUUUUACUUUUUGUGUUGGUUAUUAUUUGUAGUCUUGUUUUAUUGCUUUUUGUAAUUGUGAUAUGGGGACAUGUGGGGCCCUCUAUGAUUGAAUUUUGUAAAGCUGGGGUAAAAGUAUUCACAUAAUGGGAAGAUUGAAGUGUGGAGUGUCUCUAGUGAUCCUUCAAUUUCUUGGUAGUUACUGGGGAGAUUAUAAAAAGCUAGGGGAGAAAAGAACUAAAAAUAUUCAAAGUAGAUUUUGGAAAGAAACUUGUCGAAGCAUUAGCUUGGACCCAUCAUCAUCUCUUCAUUAAAUAGUUCGGUUUAAAUAUCACCAUGGUGGGGGGCCCUCUUUGAUUUGGUGCUCUAGAUUUGGGUAUGGGCUUUCAUUGUGGACUUUAAAAUAAAGUCUUGUAAAAUUAUUUUUCUCAGUAGCAUGAGCAGACUCCAAUCAAGGAGCCUUUUGGAUAAUUGACUAAAAGCCCAUAUUCGGACUCGAGCUCGGAAUCAGGGUCUCGAGCCCAAGUCACUUGGUCAGACUGUUGAGUCCUAGGGAAUUUUAAAAAUGUAAUGUACGAUAUCGGGGAACACUCACGGUGAUUUUUAGGUUUUCUUUCUAGAAUUGCAUGGGUCUAUGAUAGCUUGAACCGGCAAGUGAUUUUUCAAUCACUACUUUUAAUUAAUUAUAUUAAUAUGAAUAUUUUUUUAAUGUACUCCAUAUUUCUAAUUAUCUUUUAUUUUGUAAUGCAAUUUAUAGUGAGAGCAUUUUUUGUCAUUAGGAGGAUUAGGAUGGAUAUUACUACAAUUAAUAAAUGUUUAUCUUUCUAUCAAGAAUUUUUACUUCACUUCUGAUUAAUUACUUAAAAUACCUCUAGACAAAAAAGUUACUACAUGGUGAGGUAUGGGUAUCAAGUAUCUAAAAAUAUUGAGUACCUUAAAGAAAUACUCAUAUAUGAGUACCCUAACAUAACCUUUUAAUUAAAGGGUGCGGU